CCGAAGUGUUUAUAAUUACUUAGGAGUGUAAAGUGUAUUGAAUAUUAAUUUUCAUUUGAAAAAUUACAGUUUUGUCGGCAAUUUUAGAAACGGUUGUUAUAAGGAAGUGUUUCUGCAAUUUAAAACUAAAUGUUAUCCUUUAAUAUGAAAGUGAACUAUAGAUUACUGCCAAUUAAAUUACAUUUUUUCCUAUUUAAUGCAGGAACGGCUCCGUUAGUGCCCUACCUUUCGACCUAUGCACGCCAAUUGGGAUUUUCAUCAGCAACUGUAGGUCUCAUAUAUACAAUACUGCCUAUAUUUGGACUCGUAGCGAAACCACUAUUUGGUGUUAUUGCUGAUAAAUACAAAAUACAAAAACCAGUUUUUAUUAUAUUCCAAAUAAUAACGAUAGUAAGUUUCUCGGCUAUAUACUUCAUACCGGGGAGUCGAACUGCUACCACUGUCCAGCUGGAUUGUGGAGAUGGUGUCACAGUUCUGAAGAGUUGUCAGGAAGGAGGGUCUAUAGAUGAGUGCAAGGUUAAUACACUGAGCAAACAAAAUGAGACUGCAUUAUGUGAGAUGAACUGCGACAUGUCGUCUCCGAAGAUGUGGCAGACUGUAUGCGAACAUUGGCACAUACCAGAGUACUGUUACAGUGGCACCAACAAUUUAAGAUACUCCUCACAUGUGGGUAAUAUCACGGUUCAAGGAGAAUGUGCCAACAUUGCGACUAAUGACGUCAUUUUAGACGGUUACAAGUACAACCCGCAAUGUCGAACGGGCGGAGGUUUUGUAAACAUCAGCCAUCCAUGCACUCUCAACUGCACAAACGAUAUGUUAUCCGGAGUAUUGGGAUAUCAUAAAACAGAUAUGAUAUGUUUGGACAGCACCCUCAAUUAUCGUUACUGCACCAACGAUACAGCGCAGCUGACAGUGUUGAGCAACGACAUGGAGAGCGAAUGCACGGCGUCCUGCGAGUUGGUACAACCGUGGCAGCUCAUGGAGUUAUGCGACAGUUGGCAAGCGGAUGUAGCCAGGAGUUGCCAGCCGAAAAUGAGGUCUGGUGAAAGUUUCCCGACCAAUUUAACCUUCACGGGCACCGUGCUGCCAUCUACCGCCAUCAUUAUAGGCGAAUGUUUCUAUGUUCAACUUAAUCACAUAACAUUACCAGAUGGUUCAAUUCACUACCCCAUCUGUAAAUCAAAGGCGAUAUAUCAACUAGAAUAUGAACUAUUCCACGCGUCUUGUGAAAUUAACUGUAACAAUAGUCUGUUAAAUGAAAUUUUCGAUGCGGCAUCCGAUAAUAAUGAUAGUACAGAAUACACGAAGGAGUUCUGGCUGUUCUUCAUGUUGAUGAUCACGAGUUGGAUUGGACAGGCGGUUGUAGUCACAUUUGCUGAUGCAAUAUGUUUCCAUUUACUAGGUGACAAGAUUUCACAUUAUGGUAAACAAAGACUAUGGGGCUCCGUUGGUUUUGGUAUAUUCUCAUUAACAACAGGAGCUCUUAUAGACCUGUUCAGUGAGGGAGCGUACAAAAACUAUGCUAUUGCAUUUCUCCUUAUGUUCGUCUUUAUGUGUGGAGAUGUUGCAGUAUCGUGUUUUUUGAAAACGGAUACAACAAAAAUGUCCAUGAAUAUCUUAGCGGAUGUUGGUACACUGUUGUCGUCGCUGCCAACAUUUGUAUUUAUACUGUGGACGAUAGCUGUGGGGCUGAGUACUGCACUGAUAUGGCAGUUUCUGUUCUGGCAUCUGGAGGAUAUAGCAGCGAUGACCUGUGACGGGUCGGAUUAUAUCAAAACCCUGCAGGGGCUUGUUAGUGCGAUACAAACGUUCGGUGGAGAGAUACCGUUCAUGUUUGUUUCCGGAUAUAUUCUAAGGAAAGUGGGACAUAUCAGAAUGAUGAGCCUGGUGCUGUUCGCGUUCGGUGUGCGGUUCCUGCUGUACUCUGUGCUCAGUAAUGCGUGGUGGGUGCUGCCCAUAGAGAUGCUGCAGGGCAUCACCUACGGCAUGUUCUACCCCACCAUGACGUCUUACGCAAACGCAAUCGCACCGGCCGGUGCUGAAACCACUGUUCAGGGUUUAGUGGGGGCCGUUUUCGAAGGCGUGGGCACUUCAAUGGGCAGUUUGAUCGGGGGUCAACUAUACAAGCAUUACGGCGGAGCGGCCACCUUCCGUUGGUUCGGCGUGGGAUCCUUAAUCUUCUGCGUGCUACAUUUAAUAGCCCAAUACGCCCUCAGAAAUAGAGUACAACAAAACUUCCUAACGCCAGGAUACUCGUCGGUUAUGCACUUCGAGAAGCCAAACGAUUCAGUAUGUAUGUUAGAAGAACACGAGAGAAAAUAGUGAUUAGUCGUAUGUUACAUUGACUGUGCCCGUGACUUCGUCCGCGUGGAAUGGUGAAAUUGGAUAGCAUUUUUAAUUAUUUAGACUAAUUAUUUUAUAAGACAUGCAUGAUAUCAGUCUAGAUACAAAAAUGACGGAUUUCUAUGUAUGUACUUUCGUCCCUUAUUUUAUUUUACUCCCUUAAGGGUAGAUAUUUUACAAGCUUUUAAUUUCAUAUCUAUUUAUAUAUAAUCAACAGCCUAAAAAAUAAGUUUCGUCUCCACUUUCAACGCUUUACAACCCUUUUUCGCAUUAAAAAUAAACCUAUGUCCUCCUCUUUCAGGAUGUAGACUAUCUGUGUAACAAAUAAGUUCAAUAGUUAUAGCCUGAACAGAGCGACAGACAGUGUUACUUUAGCAUUUAUAAUAUUAGUGAGUUAGUACUUAAUACAGUUUGACUGUUGAACAUUCCAAAAUGGAGAUGUGGCAAAAGAAUAAUAGUUUUAUUAGCUAUAGCUUAUGCUAUGGCACUUAAAGCUCUCAGCUAAUAAUUAUAAGGUUUAAU